AUGGCGCAACAGUUCACGGACGCUACAUCCAAAGCCUUGCAGCAAAGCAUCACCAUUGCUCUAGAAAAUGGGCAUGCCCUGGUGGAACCCAUCCAUCUGGCAAUGACACUCUUCCAGGGCGACGAAUCAAUUGGUUCUCGUGUCACAGCUAGAGCCGAUAAGGUGGCAAUCAAUAGCAUUCGUCGAGAAUUGCAAAAAAUUGUUCUUAAGAAACCCAGUCAGACACCAGCGCCUCUACAAGCGUCUCUUUCUGGAUCGCUUUCUCAGUUGAUUCAGCGAGCUACCAAACAAGCAAAGGGCGAUGGCGAUGCCUUAGUGGCACUCGACCACCUAUUGCUAUGUUUGUACGAUGAGAAGGAAAUUGAAGGAGUUCUAUCAGCCUCUGGACUUCCCAAGCGUACUGCACGCGUUGCUGUGGAAGAACUACGGGGUGGACGAAAGGUUACGAGUGCGAGUGCAGAAGAAAGCUACGAAGCCCUGGAGAAAUACGGCAUUGACCUUGUAAAGGAAGCAGAGGAAGGUCGAUUGGACCCAGUGGUUGGCCGAGACGAAGAAAUUCGUCGUUUGGUUCAAAUCCUCAGUCGCCGCACAAAGAACAACCCUUGCCUUGUCGGAGAGCCAGGCACAGGAAAGACCGCCGUUGUCGAGGGGCUUGCAAGAAGAAUUCUAGAUGGUGACGUCCCUGAAUCUCUCAAAGGUGUGAGACUACGCACCCUUGAUAUGGGAUCCCUCGUUGCCGGUGCUAAGUACCGUGGAGAAUUUGAAGAACGUCUCCGUGCUGUCUUGGAUGAAGUGAAAUCGGCAAACGGCAAAAUGGUCCUGUUCGUUGAUGAGAUUCACCUUGUUUUGGGAGCUGGAAAGACCGAGGGACCGAUGGACGCUGCAAACCUUUUGAAGCCCAUGCUGGCCCGUGGCGAGCUUCGUAUGGUGGGUGCCACAACAGUGGAUGAAUACCGCAAGCAUAUCGAGAAAGAUUCUGCUUUCGAACGUCGAUUCCAGAAGGUGAACAUCAAUGAACCAUCUGUAGCGAACACAGUCUCGAUGCUUAGAGGCCUUGUCGACCGCUAUGAAGCCCACCACGGCGUCCGAAUUAGUGAUGCUUCACUCGUGACUGCUGCUGAAUUGUCGGACAAAUACAUUACCCAUCGCUUCAAUCCAGAUAAGAGCAUUGAUUUGAUUGACGAGGCGGCUGCAACAAAGCGUACAGCCUUGGACAGCCGCCCCGAGAACAUUGAUCAAUUGGAGCGAAGAAUCCUUCAGCUUGAAAUCGAAGCAACUGCAUUGAAGAAGGAAAAGGAUAAGCAGUCCAAGAAAAGAGGCAAAGAUAUUCAAGUGGAAAUUGAAAACCUUCGCGAGGAGCUUGCUCCAUUGAAUGCAAAAUGGGAAGCCGAUCGGGGCCGUGCCGAUGAACUUAAGGAGAUCAAGGCGAAACUUGCAAGCUUAGAUUCCAAAGCUACUCAAGCAGAGCGUCUUGGCAACUAUGAGAAAGCCGCAGACUUGAAGUACGGUGCUAUUCCAGACUUGAAGGCACAUUUACAACGUAUUGAAAAGGCGGAGGAGGAACGAAAGCAUGCCAGAAACACAGACGACGACGGUGAUAUGUUCGAAGAAAUAGUCAGUCCAGAGGAUAUUGCCGAAGUCGUCAGUCGUUGGUCUGGUAUCCCGGUUACCAAACUGAAUCAAACUGAACGUGAUCGAAUUCUCAAAUUGGAGCAAAGACUUCAGGAACGGGUGAUUGGCCAGGAAGACGCGGUCAAGCAAAUAGUAUCAGCUAUCCUGAGAUCCAAAGCGGGACUUUCGAGAGGCGAUAGUCCACAGGGAACAUUCCUUUUCCUGGGGCCAACUGGCGUGGGGAAAACGGAGCUUUCUAAGGCUCUCUUCAGCGAGCUGUACGAUGGGGAUGAAAGGCACUUGACUCGGAUUGACAUGUCUGAAUACCAAGAACAACAUUCAGUUGCGAGGUUGAUUGGCGCACCUCCAGGCUAUGUCGGUCAUGACGAGGGAGGUCAAUUGACGGAGGCUGUUCGACGAAGACCAUACACUGUAGUACUCUUUGACGAGAUUGAGAAGGCCCACCCUAGGGUUCUCACAGUGUUGCUUCAGAUGCUCGAUGAUGGACGAUUGACAGAUAGCAAAGGGCGCACGGUGGACUUUACCAACACUGUCAUUAUCUUGACAUCAAACAUUGGGGCUGAGCUCCUUCUACAGACUAGAACUCAAUCCCCCGAGCAGCGAAAGAACACGCAUGGUUUGGUCAUGGAGCAAGUGCGAUCAUCAUUUCCUCCUGAAUUUUUGAAUCGACUCAACUCAAUCAUCACUUUUAACUCUCUCGGUACAACACAUAUGGAGCUUAUCGUUCAAAAGGCAAUGGGCGCAGUGAAGCGGCGCCUCGAACAGAAGGGGAUUAGAGUUGUCCUGGAAAGUUCGGGCGCCAAGGCCAUAUUGGACUCAUCUUAUGAUCCAAACUAUGGUGCUCGUCCCGUGGAGCGCUACCUCGAAGCAUCAGUUGUCACAGAGCUCAGUCGAAUGCUUAUCAGCGGAGAACUACGAAGUGGCGCAACUGUCCACAUUGAAGGCAGUGAAGUCGAGUCUGAUGAAGAUUCUCUUGAUGACUGCAACUACCCACUGGCAAAGAAGGCGAGAACACUACGCUACCGCGUUGAUGAGGAGAAAGAGGCUAACACUUUGGACGACAUGGAGCUGUAA